AGAGAGAAGAGAGAGAAAGAGAGAGAGAGAGAGCGAGAGAGAGAGAGAGAGAGAGAGAGAGAGAGAGAGAGAGAGAGAGAGAUGAGAGAGAGAAGAGAGAGAGAGAGAGAGAGAGAAGAGAGAGAGAAGAGAGAGAAGAGAGAAGAGAGAGGAGAGAGAGAGAGAGAGAGAGAGAGAGAGAGGAGAGAGAGAGAGGAGAGAGAGAGAGAGAAGAGAGAGAGAGAGAGAGAAGAUCGAGAGAGAGAAGAGAGAAAGAGAGAGAAAGAGAGAGAGAGAAGAGAGAAGAGAGAG